CACUCUUGCUGAACCCGCCAAUUGAGGGCUCCCUUGAGGAAUCAAGGGAGUUUCAUCGACGGUUAAUAGCUAGCAGAGCGAAGCUUCAAAAUCUAGCUCCUCUUCUCAAAAUUUCUGCGUACAAGGCAACGCAACUGGAACGGACUAGAAAGGGUUCCUCAAGCCAAGAGACAAAGGCUUUGAUUCGGCAAAAUCAAAGCCUACGGCCGAUAUGUAAUAUCGCAGAAGCACUGCAAUUCCUCGGAAGUCGAAAAAAUUCUCGAGUUCCUGAUCGCCUUGCCAUACUCGCAAAUCUUUGCGACUAUUCUCUCCGAAUCGACACCACUAAGGUCCAACACCCCCGCUUCAGCUUGAGUGUAGCAGUUUUUACCAUGGCCUUGAUCAAUGGGGAUCUGUCUAUCUUUGCUGGAAUUCAAGAGGAAAUGUGGUCAGGCCAGUCCCGUCCCAUGGGGGGGGCUUCAGAUGAGUAUCCUUACGCAUUCUCGUGGCUGCCACCGGCGCAGACAAUUCUUUCCAAAAUCAACUGUACCUAUGAGAGCUCCAAUUCCUGUCGGAUGACUGGUCACGAGAUUACAAAGCAUGGCUUAGUGCUCCAUGGGUAUCUCUGGAAAAUCGAUACCAUUGACUUGCGCGAGAUACAGAAGAAGCACGGUGGCCAGUAUAAGGAUCUGAAUUCUCGUCAGACUGUGGAACGAAUAAGAGGCGGCCGAGUAGGUAUCUAUUUUGACAUCCUCAAAACUCUCUCCAAGCGCAAACAAGACUGUCUUGCCGAUGCAAUCUGGCACAAUAUUCGGUCACAGUACGUGAAUGCGAGCUACGACAAAUACCCUGAACUUCACGAAGUAGAUUUUCCAAUUCCGAAUUCUUUUAGGGAUAUCUAUGAUCCUGAGACAGAGGAAAUCGUCUUCAGAAAAAAGCCACUCUUCACAGGAGAAGCGGAUUUGAGACGACUCUUUGAUUUGGGUCAAAUUGUCGGAUAUGUACCUCAAGAUGUGAUCCGCGAUACACCAGUAACAUUCCUUGUCAAUGAAUGGAUAGCAUUUACGGUCAUGCAACACGGAUGCUUGGCCGCAGGAAGCUUGCAGACUUCUUCGGGUUCUACUGGUGAGCUACGAGCAAUUUUCAAUGUCGAUGAUCCCAAUACAAUUUUGACCCCGCAUUGUAUGAAUAUGGGAGGUUUUCCAAAGGACAAGAUCAUGCUAGGGCGUAUGUCUUGGGUUGUUAAGCCAAAAGAGCAGCGAUUGGAACAAUGGAACAUUUUAGUUAGCACUGGAAUGGCGAGAGGAAUGUGGAACGUUGAUAAUGUUUUGCCGGAGAAGUUCUUGCUUGCUUAGUCUAAGAGAAGACUUGUGGUAGAAUGCCUAUAAUUAAAUAGCUAUUAGGUCUUUUUUAAACAGGCCCUUAAUUCAGUCCUCGCCUUUAAGCCCAGUCAAGUCCCAAGUUUCACAGCUGUGAAGUUUACCAAAAAGCCCAAACGAGAAUUGAAUGUACGGUUCCAGACUUGUUGUG